AUGGACGGGAAAUUUAAGACGUCUGAGAAUGGCAUUGAAGAGAACAUGUCUAGUGUCAUGAAACAAUACAAGUCAAUGAGAGGAAAGAAGCGUGCUGACCACUGCCAGGAAUUCUGGGAUAUCGUUGUCAUCACAGCAGGGGACGAGGACCAGAAGAAGGCUUUUGAGGCUCAGAUAGAUAGCAAGCUGUCUCAGAAAGAACUCCCCCUGGACUGUCCAAUACAUGUGGUGGCUGACCCUCCUGGGCCUAAGUUAGGAAAUGGAGGGUCCACCUUUACAAGUCUCCAGUUCCUAGAGAAGGAGUACAAAGAAGAUUUAUUUAAAAAGCGUGUGUUGCUGAUCCAUGCUGGCGGACAGAGUCGACGAAUGCCUAGCACUAGCAUCCUGGGCAAAAUAUUUGCUCCCAUCCCAAGUGGGAAUCCUCUGUAUCAGAUGUUAGAUUUUAAACUGGCUGUGUAUCUGCCAUUGAUACCCAGAAUGCCUGCAGGUGUGUUUGUUUGCUGUGCUGAUGACUUUCUAGUGUAUAAUUUAGGUAAGGAAGGUUCUGAUGAGAAUUGGGGCUUUAGCAAGUCUGGAUUUACAGCUCUGGCACAUCCCUCUUCUCUUGGGGUUGGAACAAAACAUGGUGUUUAUGUUGUUAAGUCUCUUGAUGAAGUUGAUACUUCUUUACAUAUACAACAGUCUGACUGUGUACAAGUUCUUCAGAAACCAUCCGUACAGGCUAUGGACAUACAUGGAGCUGUUAUCAGUAUGAAGGAUAACAAGCUUCCAGAUGGAAUUGAAGUUAAAGGGUCUACAGUAUAUACUGACAGCGCAUUUUUUUUUAGCAUGGAUAUAGCCAAAAAAUUUCUAAAGUUUCUAAAAACAAAUGGCUCCAUUACCUGUGAAAUUGAUGCAUAUGGAGAUUUUCUUCAAGCUUUAGGAUCAAAAGCAACAAUCGACUACACCAGACAGACGCCAAAUGUAACCACUCCCACUCCAAGUCUUAUACCAACUCGCGAGAAAGUCUUCCACUUACUGAAAGAUUCAAACAUCCAGUUGCUCCUGAUGAACUCAUCAAAAUUCAUCCAUAUUGGUACCACAAAAGAAUACAUCCAUCAUUACUGUUUUCACUCUCAAUUUCAGAAAGAAAUGAGUCUUAGGAAAGAUGUAUUUAACAGAUGGACUGAUGAAGAUGAGGAGAAUCCUGUGGCAAAGAAGAGAAUCAGAAUGUCUGAUGUUAGUACAGGAUGUGUCAUGCACUGCAUCCUACCUAUGAAAUCAUUCGUCCCAGAAAACUCAGUAAUGGAGUACGGUCACUUUAAUAUUCCAGUCCAUGUAGGACAAAACACCAUUGUCAGCAACUGUAGUUUUCUGAAGGCAGAGACUGGAAAGAAAUCCGAUAGUGAACCCCUGAAAAUACCACAUAAUGUCUUUCUCCACACAGUGUCUGUCCACAAAAAUGACAAGACUGAAUAUGUAACUGUUCUCUUCAGAAUCGAUGAUGAUCUCAAGAAGACUGUACCUGGGAAUAAAGUACAGGAGUUACCAAUUCUAGGGGCAAAGGUGGAGGACAUCUGUGGUGUCUGUGGUAUUGACAUUGAGAAAAUCUUGCCAAGUUGUCAUGAAAACAAAGGUCAAGGGGAGGAAAGUGGGCCUGUUUCUCUGUGGACAUUACAUUUACAUCCAGUCACAGGAAGCAUGACAGAAUCUCUUGAAUUGGCAUUGCAGAUUCACUCAUCUGUCACUAAAAGAGAUAAAACUGAUCUUCUAAAAGACAGGAAACUAGUAUCCAUGGAUGACCUUCUGCAGACUAAAGAUGUCAAAGACAUGCUGAAAUAUCGAAGUGAUCUGUUUCAGGAAAUCAAGUCAUCAGUUAAAUAAUAGCAGUUUAGAAAUAAUUUUCAUGAUGAAAUCUAGGGAUCUAUUAUAAGCACAUGAAAAUCUGUUCAUAAAACCAUCUUAAUUUCAACACCUACGCACUGUUUUUUGACUGUUUGAAUUACAACAGUAAUCUGAUGGUGUUUUACUUAAUUAUAGUCCUAUGUGUUCA